AAAUUGCGUCAAUGCACAUAUGUUAGAGCUUAUUGCGUUAACAUAACACACAACACAUUAUAAAACAAAAUUAAUUCCUAUUGAUAAAAAGUUGUGCCUGGAAAUACACAUAAAUAUAUAAGCGAAGAUGAACAAAAUUAGCCAAAUCUUAUUGCGGCCAAGCCUGGCCAACAAUUUCGCAACAACAAUGCGUACAAUGCCGGCGCUAGCAACAUUUCCACGCUGGUACAGCGCGGACGCAGCUGCUCCGCCGGCCGCAUUAGAUAAGGAGACACUGGACAAACUGGUGCGCACCAACAAGGUGGUUGUAUUUAUGAAGGGCAACCCACAGGCGCCGCGCUGCGGCUUUAGCAAUGCUGUGGUGCAAAUCAUGCGAAUGCAUGGCGUCCAAUACGACGCACAUGAUGUCCUUCAAAACGAGUCACUGCGUCAAGGCAUCAAGGAGUAUACCGAUUGGCCAACCAUACCACAGGUGUUUAUCAACGGAGAGUUCGUCGGUGGCUGUGAUAUUAUGAUGCAGAUGCAUCAGAGCGGUGACCUAAUCGAGGAGCUCAAAAAGGUGGGAAUCACCUCCGAGCUGCUCAAGGCCGAGGAGGCCAAAGAUUCAACGAAAAAGUAACCAAAAA